AUGUCCCUUACAGGUGGAGAUGCAACUUUUUUUGAUUUUAGCAAACCAAUUGAUAGUCCAGCACUAAAAGAAAAGCUUUAUGGGGUAAAACAUAACUAUCAUCCUCAAGUACAUUGUUUUUCAACCUUUAAUGUUGAUAACACAAUUCCAGAUGGUUGUUUUAGAGCUAUUAUUGUCAACCAAAAAAAGUUGGGAGAAGUAUGGUAUCCUUAA